AGUAAAUAUGGCGGCAAUAUAUAGAAAGUUGUUUAGAAAUGGUCUAUCAGUAUAUUUUGAAUCAAAUAAACUUAGAUUAAUGACAACGGAUAUUAUAAAUGAAAGGAAUCAGACGAGAUGUGACGAGGAAGGAAAUAAAAAAGGUGGUUUUGCUAAAGCUUACGAUCGUUUCCAGAAUAUUAACGAUGAAAAAGAAGAAUCAAAAGAAACUUUUAAAUCCUUAUUAAGACGUUGUAAAUUAAUGCAGUUGGGUGACCCGGAAGGAAAAAUUGUCGUUGGAAAGAUAUUCCACACAGUUAAAGAUGACCUCUACAUCGAUUUUGGAUGGAAAUUUUAUUGUGUUUGCAAUAGACCUGCCAGAUUCGGAGAGAAGUACAUCCGUGGAGCAAAAGUGAAAUUACGAAUAAAUAAUCUCGAAUUGUCUUCUCGAUUUUUGGGAGCAACAAAAGACAUCACUCUGUUAGAAGCAGAUGCUACGUUGUUGGGAUUGAUGCAGAUGCCUGUAAAUAAACUAGAAUUGUCAAAAACAAAGUCAAAAAUCAAUAUAGAAGAAAUAACAAAAGAACUUAAAAAUACUCAUUUAGGAAUAAUCUCAAGCAACAAAUUAAUACCUACUACAUUGUUAUAAAUUAUUAAUGUG